UAUUUCUAAUCCCUCUCUCUCCCAAUCUCUCUCUCAUAUCUCUCUCAUAGUACACAAUAUAUAUUAAUUUAUAUCCUCUUCCUAAGUUUCUCUCUCAUGACUUGAGAGUUAGGACAUCAUCUCACCUUUUUUUCUCUCUCCUAUUUUUGUUGCUCUUGGAUGUGUAUAAUACUUGUAGCUUGUUGAUAAUAGUCUUUGAUCUUGAUCUACCCACUUGUUUUUUAAGCUCAAUGUUUGGUAUGCAGUGAAAAAGAUAAGUUCUUGAUAAGGACGAGCAGAUAGGACAUUCAGAGCGCUUCUUCAAUAAUUACUCAUCUUGAGCUUAUUUUGUAGAUCACAUAUUACAAUCUUUACCAUACAACCAAUAACGAAAUUUUUUGAGUGGAAAUUCACUAACUUAUCAGGAAUUUGGCAAGGUGUGGUAAUGAUCCGUCAACAUUGACGUCAACUAAAGUCAAUGUGAAUCAACUUAUUUGAGCUAGGCAUGCACAUUGUUAGCAUUUAGCCUCUGCCUCUGCCAGAAUUGUUUCUUCUUAGUUUGAUGUAUUUUCAUGUUCUACAGUAAAUAGAUGAUGGAGAUUUAUGCUGUGGCUGUAAUUUUGCUGUGUUAAUUAUACCUAACAGUAGACAUUAAGUUUCAUAUAUCAACAUAUGUUCUGUAUUAUAUAUUUGUAACAUUUUUUUCUUCCUAGUGAGUGGAUUUCGGAGGGUUUUUCAUUUACCUGGAAGUUAUUUUACAGUCAAUACUGAAGAAUCAAUCUUAAAUAUGGAUGAGACUAUGACUGUCAAUCAUCAGCUAAGCAUUUUUCGACGGCUGCUUUCUGCCGUUGUACCCAUGCUACUGGUUGCAAUGUCAUAUAUUGACCCUGGAAAGUGGGCUGCAGCUGUUGAAGGAGGGGCCCGUUAUGAGUCUAAUAUUGUUUUACUGAUCCUUGUUUUCAAUCUUGCUGCAAUCUUGUGUCAGUAUCUGUCUGCUCGUAUUGCUGUGGUUACUGAUAAAGAUCUUGCCCAGAUUUGCAGCGAGGAGUAUGGCAAGGUCACAUGCAUAGUCUUGGGACUUCAAUCUGAGCUAUCUAUGAUUGUUUUGGACCUUACAAUGAUUCUUGGCACCGCACAUGGGCUUAAUCUUAUAUCUGGGGUGGAUUUGUUUACUUGUGUGUUCCUGACUGCUAUGGAUGCACUACUUUUCCCCGUUUUUUCCUCCUUCUCGGAGCAGAAAGCAAAAUUUCUAUGCAUAUACACUGGGGCCUUUAUGUUGUUUUCUUAUAUUUUUGGCACACUGAUUAGCCAAUCAGGAAUACCAGUCUCCAUGGGAGGGACACUAAUCAACCUAAGUGGGGAUAGUUCACCUGCAUUUAUGAGUCUUCUCGGAGCAAGUGUUAUGCCCCACAACUUUUACCUCCAUUCUUCUCUUGUAAAGCAAGAAAAGGGAGGAAGGUGUAUUUCUAAAACGGCCCAAUUUCAAGACCAUUUAUUUUCCAUAAUAUGUAUAUUCAGUGGCAUUUUCCUGGUGAAUUAUGUGCUGGUUAACUCGGCAGCAAAUGCAUUUUACAGCACAAACCUUUCUCUCACAUUUAACGAUGUGCUCCCACUAUCAGAUCAGGGAUUUAGGGACCUGGUGUUGGCCUUUGUCUUAGUACUGAUUCUAAUUUUCUGUAAUCAUAUCACUGCAUUAAGUUGGAAGCUUGGUAGACAAGCUGUCCUCCACAGUUUCUUUAAAGCGCCCUUUCCUGGUUGGAUUCAUCAUUCAGUAAUUAGAGUUCUAGCUAUUGUUCCGGCCCUUUAUUGUGUGUGGAAUUCAGGAGCUGAAGGUAUAUAUCAACUGCUGCUUUUUUCUCAGAUUGUGAUAGCUCUUAUGCUUCCAUCAUCUGUGAUCCCUCUUUUUCGAGUUGCCACUUCCAGCUCAGUGAUGGGUGUUCACAAAAUUUCACAGCCUGUGGAGUUCUUAGUGUUUAGCACUUUUGUUGGAAUGCUUGGCAUAGAAAUUGUAUUUGUUGCAGAGUUGAUAUUUGGUAACAGUGAAUGGGUUAUUAAUUUGCAGUGGAACAUGUGGAGUGAGACAUCAGUCCUUUAUGUCCUUCUCCUCAUCACUGCCUGUUUAUCCUUGUGUCUUGUUCUCUGGCUAGCAGUAAACCCUUUAUCAUCUUCAAGUUCUAGAGUUGAUGCUGAGGCUUUCAAAUUGGACGUACAGUCCCCUGUACCUGGAAAUUCUAAGGAAAGAUCUCAUAGUGAUAUCUAUAAUGAUAGGGAAUACCAGGCAGAUAAGCUGAAUCAAGAACAAGAAUUUAUUCUAGACUCUGACAGGACUGAUCUACUUGUCUCAGCUUCAUCAUCUGCUCAGACUUCAGAAUCACUCAUGAAUUUAUAUUCCAGUAGCAGCCCUCAAUUGACUACCGUCAAGGAGAAUAGUUCAGAUGGUACACAUGCAACGGCUUCUGUUUGUAUCGUAAAAGAUGCAGUAACCACAGAUGACAUUCUCCCUCAGUCGAUUGCUCCUGAAAAUAUAUCUAGUGGUGAAGCAGCGGAUGCCAUUACAUUUACUCCUGAACUGUCAGACUUUCUUGUGAAGACCUCUAGUGUGGAGGUGGAUUCACAGACCCAUAAAAGUGUUGGAGGUGAUACGUUGGAGCCUAAAGAAUCAUCUAAGCUGGUGUCUGGAAGCUGCCCAUCUGUCACUUCUGAAGGACCAGGCUCAUACAGAAGUCUUGGCGGAAAAGCUGAUGAUGUAGGGAGUGGUGCUGGAAGUAUUUCAAGACUUGCAGGAUUAGGCCGUGCUUCAAGGCGUCAGUUAGCUGUAGUUCUUGAUGAGUUUUGGGGACAACUGUUUGAUUUCCAUGGUAAAGCCACCGUGGAAGCGAAGGCGAAAAAACUGGACACUCUCCUUGGGGUAGAUUCAAAGGUGGAUCUAAAGCAAAGUUUUGCGUUGCCGAAAGUAGAGAACAAUAGAAAUGAGUUCUCUGGAAAUGUCCCUUCUCCGAGGGCAAGAAUCUCCAAUUCUUUUACCAACUCAAGUUUAUUCGAGUCUCCAGUGCUGCAGAGUGGGCAAAGAAAUGUUUCUUAUGGGGUUCAAAGGGAAUCAUUAUCGUUAUGGUCCAGCAAUACGCAGCUUUUGGAUACAUAUAUGCAUAAUUCCGUCAACAAUGCUGUGGACUCCAGUGAGAGGCGUUAUUCUAGUAUGCGACUUCCACCAUCUACUGAUGUAUAUAAUGAUCAACCAGCCACUGUACAUGGUUACCAUAUGGCUUAUCUUAGUCGAAUAGCUAAAGAAAAAAAUGCGGUUUCUCUGUCAGGUCAAAUGGAGUUGCCGGCCCCAAAAUCCCCUUCUUUAGCUUACAGAGAUCCAUUUGUUGUUGGUGCUGCUCAAAAACCUCGAAUUGGAGCAAGUGCCAAAACUCCACCUGGUUUUCCAAGCAUUCCUGUGUCAAGAACCAGUACCCUGCAACCAGGAAGACAAUUCCAAGGCAUUUUACCUGGUGUAUCUGCUGACGUCAGGAGUGCAGUGGAUGAAAAGAAAUAUCAUAGCUUACCAAGCAUUUCUGGCCUGUCACUUCCCUAUCGUAAAUCGUUAGCUUCGGAUAUGGGUGUUCCAAUUGAUAAUCCAGCAAUAUACCGACAAUCUAUGGGUCGCUCAAUGCAGGAAGCAUCCUUGUAUCCAAACCCUUUAUCCAUGGGUAAUAUUAGUGCUUUAUCUAAUAUAGGGGGAGCUCCUGCAUCUUUUGACAAUUUCCAUUCUAAAGUUGGGAGAGAUACUUACUCAUUGCAGUUUAAUUCUGGUUUACAAACUGAGUCCCUAUGGUCUCGACAGCCUUUUGAACAGUUUGGCGUGUCUGGUAAAGCUCCUCCAAUUGAGGGUGAGGGAACUAGAACUGUUGAGGAUUCAAUAACUCAGGAAACUCCAUCUGUUGUAGUUUUUGAAGCAAAGCUUCUUCAGUCUUUCAGAAUUUGUAUUCAGAAGCUCUUGAAGCUCGAAGGAUCUGAUUGGUUGUUUAGACAAAAUGAUGGAGCAGAUGAGGAGCUCAUAGACCGAGUGGGUGCUAGGGAGAGGUUUUUGUAUGAAGCUGAAAACCAGAUGGGUCAGAUGGGUGAAUCUCAUUUCCCUGUUGACAGGAAGCCUGGUUUUCAACCGAAAAAUGAGGAAAUGGCCACAGUUCCUCUGUGCGGAGAAGGUUGUAUCUGGAGAGUAGAUCUUAUCAUCAGUUUCGGUGUCUGGUGCGUGCAUAGGAUUCUUGAGCUUUCACUGAUGGAAAGCAGGCCAGAGUUAUGGGGAAAAUACACAUAUGUCUUGAAUCGUCUUCAAGGAAUCAUCGACAUAGCAUUUUCAAAACCUCGUACAGCGAUGACCCCAUGCUUGUGCCUUCAAAUACCUCCUACACACCAACGAUCGCCUUCACCUAUAUCAUAUGGAAGCCUACCCCCACCUGCAAAACAUGCCAAAGGAAAAAGCACAACACCAGCCAUGCUUUUGGAAAUGGUCAAGGAUGUGGAAAUUGCAAUAUCAUGCCGCAAGGGACGCACUGGUACUGCAGCUGGUGAUGUAGCUUUCCCCAAAGGCAAGGAAAACCUGGCAUCAGUCCUAAAACGAUACAAGCGUCGUUUAACUAGCAAGCCAAUGCUCUCGCACGAUAAUGGACCAGGCUAACUGGCAAACCAGUGCCAUUUCAGUAUAGGGGGCUAGGAUCAGCUAAGGUUUCUCUUUCAGUUACAUAGGUUUUUUGCUUUUGUUUAAUGGUUCUUUCAAAUCUUGAAGAACCGUUUUUGAGUUGUACCAUACUGCAGUCCGUUAUGAACCGUUUACUUCUUUUCUGUA